AUGAAGUACAUUGUCUCUGAUGCACGGCGGAACAAACAAAAUCGGCUGUUUAGAAAGAUAUUGCAGGAAACUGCAACGGACAGCUACAAACUGAUGGGCGUUUCUGUAGUGCUUGCAUUCGAAAUGUGCAAAGUAUCCAAGCUACGCGCAGCUGACUUGGAUGCCAUUACUCCGGGCUUCCUCAACCAUCUGUUGGACGUGGUGGAGUCCAUGGUCAAUGAUGCUGACGAGACGUUCAACUACGACAUCAUCCAGCUGUUGCUGGUGUUUAACGAGCAGUUUCUAAUGGCGUCCAAGGGCGAACCCAAUAACAAGGUGCUGGAUGUCUUGACGGAACGUAUAGGGACAACCAACACGUUCAGUGCUAAUUUGAUCUUCAUGCUUAAUCGGUCAGAAGUCUGCGAUCUGGGCGAGGAGCGUGAAGCAGCCGCGCUCCGCGAUGCCUAUCUCCGGGUCCUCCGCCCACUGCUCAUCAAUACCCAGCUGCGACGAGCACCUUACAAACAAACAGAGAUCCACAACACAUUGUGCGCCAUGAUCACCCCACGCAGCUAUGUUCACGUCGAUCCUGCCACAAGCCGUCUGGUCGAACGCAUCUUGGAGGAGUGGUGGGGAAAUAUCUGCAAGCAGCCCAUGGCACCAUUGCUCGGCGUCGAUGUCAAAGCCCCUCUCCUUGCUGCCUCACAGCAUGGCACAAAUGCACAGGUUGUCGGCAGAUCACCGAGUCCCUAUCCCAUGAUGCGCUCAUCCACCUCUACCUCUACCUCGUCUAAUACCUCCUCCACCACCGAAUCCUCGCCCUCUUCUCCUGCCCCUACUCCCGAUGAUAAUACAAACACUACUCCUACCACCAACAACGGCAGCAGCGGUCAGAAGAACCCUGCCGACAUUGUUCUUUGUGCCUAA